UUUUGCAUGCGGGUUGUGUUUUUGGAUUCUUUGCGCUAUGCUCGCACCCUCCCCCCAUAUCCCGCCCCUCAAGUGUCGUCGGCUGCGGUUCCUCCCCCAACUUCUUCUGCGCUACGUGCUCUGCCCUCUCCCCCCUGGGGUUUCUGCGCUCGGAAUCCAGAAGGGGAGGCCUUCCUGGUAGCUUUUGGUGACUCCAGUGAGACUCAGAUUUGUCUCUGCUAGAAUCUUGCAAUGACAAUUUUUGACGACGAUGAUGAUGCGGAGCCACAACUGAAGGUCGUUGACAACUACUAUUUUGAGAAAGCCAAGAACGAGUUUGUUUGUUUCAGCACCUUGCCCCUUAAGUUUGAUGAGAAUGAUAAAGUCUCCGGGAAGGGUAUCUACUUGCGUCGAUAUCCCGCAGGUGGCGCCCCUGCAGUAUACAAGCAGGUUGUAGCUUGGACAGUAGCACUUAACCGUGAGCAGCCAAAGAUCUCAGUGCUUUCAAGUGAGGGCUAUUGGAUAGAAUUGGAUCUAUUGAAACCACGGAAAAUCUAUUGGAAGUUUGCUCGAUCAGCAUUAACGACAGUUCAAAUGCUCCACUUUGUCAAAAGGCAACCCAGAAAACUGAUGAUAAGUCUUUCUGUUCACCUCCGUGAAGUAUUCAGUAAAUUUGAAACGGAAGAGAUGGAGGAUGCUUUAGGGAAACACCAUCACAUAAUCAAGCGAUGUGCAGAGAGGGAUCCUGCUUUAAUGAGGUCAAAGAUUCUGCAAAGCUUUAUCAAGGACACUUCUGGGAAAUACUUUGAGGACAUAUUAAGGAGUCUGAGCACCAAGGAGUCAUUCAUUGUUGUUGCUGAGCCUCUUGCAAGUGGGGGUAAAGGCAAUUGCGAUACAUAUAGUGAUGGUAACAUAAUCGGUGAUGAUGGUGAUGGUACUGAGCCAAUAUGUGCAAUAUGUGACGAAGGAGGAGAAUUACUUAGCUGUAAAGGUCGAUGCAAGAGAGCCUUCCAUCCUACAAUAGAAGCUGGCAGAAAGUCUAAAUGUGUAACACUUGGUUACACUGCUGUCCAAGUAAAGGAAAUGAAUAAGUUCAUAUGCGAAAACUGUAGAUAUGAACAACACCAAUGUUUCAAAUGCGGAGAACUCGACUCGUCUCAUGAGCCUAAUGCCAAGGUCUUUCAAUGUUGUAAACUGUUUUGUGGCCACUUCUACCACCCCAAGUGUGCUGCAGAAUUACUUCAGUCUCACAGUAAUGGAGCCUGUGAGUUGGAGAACAAGAUUGCAGCUGGGAUGCCAUUUCCGUGUCCUGUACAUUGGUGCUCCAGACCUGAUUGUAAAAUAAUGGAGGAAGGGACUGAAAGAGCAAUGUGGCUUGCUGGCUGCAGACGUUGUCCAAGGUCAUAUCACUUAGAUUGUUUGCCAAGGGAGAUAUGCUUUAAGUAUGGUAACGGACGUAUACGUGCUUGGUUUCUAUCGGAAAGAAACCUAUCUAAAAGACUCAUCAUUUACUGCACAGACCAUGAGAUAGACCCAGCUAUGGGAACACCUUGCAGGGAUCAUAUAAAGUUCCCUGCUCUUCUAGAAAACAAAGGUCACGGUUCAACAGAAUCCACAAAGUUUCAGCACUCUGAGAGGAAACCAUUGUGUAGAAUUUUGAUGAUGGUCUCGAGGACUUUGAAGAUUCUGCCAAACCAGAUGAUUUUGAUGCUCAUGGAUCUGCUGCCAAUCAUGGUGCCCAAGCCAUAGGCCAGGUGCUUCCUCAGUUUUCCACUUUCUCAGGUCGGACCCCUAACUGGAACAAAUAUGCGAUCUUUCUUAGUACAACUAUAGUUUAAUCUGCCACAUUCCACUAAAUAUUAUUUUCCAGCCCCUGAUAUGGGUCUUCUAUUACUCAUCUAAUGUUCUUCCAGGGAAAAGCUAAUCAUCUGCUAAUGCCUUCUUAUUGACAAACUUAAAGUAGUGUUAAAUGGAUACAAGGCUAAUAGAUUGUUUUAUGCAGGUAGGUUUACCUAAAUCAAAUAUGUGUUUUGUUCUAUUCUUUUUUACCACAUGUCAAACAUUUGCUCAGUAAGAAAAUCAUAUCUAACUUCUAUUGUUAGAAAGUUCUGGUUGACAGCAAUUCAGAAAAACCAUUCAUCUAAACCUUCAUAUCAGCGAUCUUCAAAUUGGCACAUUUGAAAAGCAAAAAAUGCUCUACGCCUCUGUUCUUAAAGUUUUACCCGACAUUAUUGAAUCUUCAGGAAUGCAAAUUGCUGAUGGAAAGUGAAGCUUAUGUCAACAUCAUUGUGUCCUGGUUGCCCUAGCACUACAAAAUAUCUACGGUUUGAUGGUUCUAAAAGUUGGGGUAUCGACAAAAUUUCUAAUUCCGCUUAUUAAUAAGUUAUGCAGAUACCUAUUAAUCUAUUAUUAAUGCUAACUUCGAUGAUGAAAUGUGCUGGAAACAUACUCCUUAUGCUCAAUGCUCCUCGAAAAGUGCAUACAAAACAUCUGUGCAGGAGCCAUGGCUGGAAUCCGCGCAUCUACUUGUGGUCCUUUGUAUCAAGAAAAUCAUAGUCCUAAUGCAUCUUGGAAGGACAAAACCAUCCCUCGAGCCCUUCUGCAUGGAGACUUAUAAGGUCGGGUUUAGCAACUGGUAAGAGAGCAUCUAAACAUAUUUUGAAAGGAUGCAUCCUAUCCGAUGCCUCCGUGAAUCAGAUGCUCAUAUGUUCCAUUGCCCCUUUGCUAGAUCAGUCUGGUUCUCUUAUCUAGGCUUUAGAUCAGAUGUUUUUGCUCCUGGCGCCUCUAUAUUUCCUCCAUGCUUAAUUCUAAUCAUCCUGGUAUCUCCGUUGCUAAAUCAUUUCCAUGCUCUCAUUUUUGGAAAGCCAGGAGUGAUUUGCUUCUUAAUUAAACAAGCUGGUCCAUUGUGCAGGUUCUUCAUGCUUCCUCAGCUAUUCUCUCCUGUAGCUCUGAUAUUGCUGAUUCUUGUCGGUCCUGUUGGCUUUAAUCUUGAUUCCAUGUAUCUGCAUUUUAGUUUGAUUUCGUACAUGCAUGUGGUCUAGGGCAUUGUAUCCAGGUUGAACUUCACUUGAGCGUACAGGAGGUGGGAUGCCGAGCUAGCCGUGCGAUGCGGCCGGAGUGCAAGGCGUGAUGCCAUGCAACAGUGUCGUGUGACGUGACAUGUUACGAGGAGGUGGAGCGUGACAACGUGUGUGAUCCAGUCCUAGAGCCAACGUCCUGCAGUGUUCCCAGACGAGUGAAUAGUUGAAGCGCCAGUUAGUUGGUUAGUUCGUGGAGCUUGUUAUCCAGUCAUGUGCAUGUGCAUGUUGGUCAUUGUGUCAUUGUGUUGGAGUAUGGCGUGCGUUUGCCGGUAGUGGCCUGAGAUGGGCUGCUAUAUAUUCUGUAAUCAUCAUACUUAUUUGAAGAGGCAGAAAGAAAAGGUCGAGCUGCGAGAGGCAGCAUGACGCCAAAA